CCUGGCUGGAACCCUCGGCCCAGCGGCCAUGUCCACUUGACUGCUCGCUGCUCGCUGCUGGCUGCUGGCUGCUGGGGAUCUGAAAUCUGCAAUCUGCGAUCACCCACAAACCCAUCAUGUCCAGCUAAAACCUACUUUUAGCACAUGGCGAGCAAGCCCACGCACACGGCAUGCCUCCAGAUCUCGAUUGCUGGAUUGAGGAGGAUCAGAGGAGAAACGCCCACGAUGUUUUGGAACAAGAUCAAUUCAAUGCGGCUAUUUCAAUGUGGCUGACGUCUUGGCUGGCAUGUUGCCAGCAAAUGCUCGCGAUUGCCAGAGGAUGCUGUCGACUGUACGGCCGUCCAUACCGCCCAUACCAGGAGACGAGACGACCACACUGCAUCUGGCUCUCGGCCAUGGGCCAUACGAUACUCGCUGACAAGCUCACGAAAUUGACAAGCGGCCAACACGACCCCGCCCAUGCGGCCCAUCAAUUCUCCUCUCCGGCGAUCCAUCAACUUUUUACUCGGGCACGCUCUCUUGAUCUCUUGACCUCUUGUCCCAUCUCCUCCAUCUCCUCCAUCGUGCACCGGAGAAUCAUCGUCUCCCGUGCCGACUAUACUCCGAGGCGCAAUUCAUGUCGCACGUCGCGAUCUUAGGGAUCAAGAAGAGCCAAGGGGAUUGCUGACAGAGCAAGCGACGACGAUAAGGGAAAAGAAAGAUCUGUAAGACAUUGCAAUUCAUGAAAUGCGCUAUUCAUGAUCGGCAGUGGCCGCAGUGGGGGAGAGGGACAAGGGCGCCUGCUCUCUGCUCUCUGCUCUCUGCUCUCUGC